CGCAUGCGCAAGUUUGAGCAUCGACGUCAUCAUGUCCGUGGGAAACAUCGACUGCUAGUCAACGAAUGUUAAUCGACACAAUCAGCUAUUUUUUGUUUUGUAUUUUAUAGUUAAUGUAAAGAUGAUUGUUACUGUAAAGCCUCUUCAAGGAAAAGAGUGUAAUGUACAGGUGACAGAAAACGAAAAGGUAUCAACAGUUAAAGAACUCGUUUCAGAGCGUUUAAACAUCCCACCCAGUCAGCAGAGACUGCUAUAUAAAGGAAAAGCUCUUGCAGAUGAACAUAGAUUGAGUGAUUACUCCAUUGGACCAGAGGCGAAGUUAAAUCUAGUAGUGCGGCCGCCGGCAGAGAGGAGUGGAGGGGCCAUGGGAUCCAGUUCGAGUAGAAAUAACGAAAAAACGAGCAGUGGGGUAUGGCAAUUGUUAUCAACUGUCCUGGCCAAACACUUCAGCCCUGCAGAUGCAGCUAAAGCAGAACAACUCAUUAAGGAUUAUGAACGUUCCCUCAGACAGCUUAGUUUAGAUGACAUUGAGCGUCUGGCAAGCCGUCUGCUCCACCCUGAGACAGAGGCCAUGGAUACCUCAUACAUGGACUGAAACAAACUAGAUCGAUGAAAAUCUCUGGACUAUCUUUACCAAGCAGCUGUGCACCUGGUUUAAAAACAAAACAAAGCAAGGCAAGAGUGUGGGAUGUAUUUAAUGUGGACUUUAGGAUUUAAAAAAGACAUGAACGCUGUCAGGGCACAGGGGCCACAAUGCUUGGCAUUGUUUUCCCAUCAAGAGGAAAACAGUGGUUGUUUUAGUGCAACUUUGUAAAUAUUGUGUCCAAGUUAUUAAAUGACAAUAAAAUGUU